CCAGGGAGGGGAGGAGGGCUUCUCCCUGUAGUGACCCCUGCAGGUGGGGUUAUGGAAGGUUGGCUGAGGUGCGUGCAGGUGUGAUCCUGGCAUCUGGGCAGUCAGAAUGGGGUGAGGGGUGUGCGUGUGUGUGUGUGUGUGUGUGUGUGUGUGAUUGUAGCCUGGGGCACAGGACAUAUAAGUGGCUUGUCAGGGUGUCUACCCAUCUGGUUACCCUGCAUGGCAGGAUCUGAAUUUGGAAUAGGGAGGUGACCAGCUGUUUGGAUCCCUGGGGAGCCUGCUGCUAGGGUGUCUUGGUAUCUAAGUGUCAAAUACCUGGAGUUUGGGUGUAGACCUGUUUGGGUGGGUGGCAUCUCAGUAUCUAGGUGUGGGUGUCCCAGGACAAGGCUAUGGGAGGAUCAGGGUGUGCCAACCUAAGGAUGGCCCUGUGUCUCUGGAUCCGGAGUAUGGUUAAGAGCACGGGCUGUGGGUUCUAAUCCCAGCUCCGCCACCACCAGCUGUGUAACACCUGGGCAAGUUACUCGGCCUUUCUGGGUCUUCAGUGUUCUCAUCUGUGACAUCGGUGUAAUUAUAGAACGCGCUGCAUGGAGUUGCCCUGAGGAUGUAUUUUAUACACGUAGCCGGCUGCACCUUCGAGGAGGUGAGUGACCCAGCAGUGCCCUGUGAGUACAGCCAGGCCCAGUAUGACGACUUCCAGUGGGAGCAAGUGCACGUCCACCCUGGCACCCAGUCUCCGGCGGACCUGCCCCACGGCUCCUACUUGAUGGUCAAUGCUUCCCAGCAUGCUCCAGGCCAGAGGGCCCAUGUCAUCUUCCAGAGCCUGAGCGAGAAUGAUACCCACUGCAUGCAGUUCAGCUACUUCCUGUAUAGCCGGGAUGGGCACAGCCCGGGCACCUUGGGUGUCUACGUGCGUGUCAAUGGGGGUCCCCUGGGCAGUGCCGUCUGGAACAUGACUGGGUCGCAUGGCCGUCAGUGGCACCAGGCUGAGCUGGCUGUCAGCACCUUCUGGCCCAAUGAAUAUCAGGUGCUGUUUGAGGCCCUCACCUCCCCAGACGGCAGGGGCUACAUGGGCCUCGAUGACGUCCUGCUUCUCAGCUACCCCUGCGCGAAGGCCCCGCACUUCUCCCGCCUGGGCGAUGUGGAGGUCAAUGCUGGCCAGAACGCUUCCUUCCAGUGCAUGGCCGCGGGCAGAGCAGUAGAGGCCGAGCGCUUUCUCCUGCAGCGCCAGAGCGGGGCGCUGGUGCCCGCCGCCGCCGUGCGGCACAUCAGCCACCGGCGCUUCCUAGCUACCUUCCUGCUGGCCUCCGUGAGCCGCUCGGAGCAGGACCUGUACCGUUGCGUGUCCCAGGCCCCGCGAGGGGCGGGCGUCUCCAACUUCGCGGAGCUCAUCGUCAAGGAGCCCCCCACCCCCAUUGCGCCCCCGCAGCUGCUGCGCGCAGGGCCCACCUACCUCAUCAUCCAGCUCAACACCAACUCCAUCAUUGGCGACGGGCCGAUUGUGCGCAAGGAGAUUGAGUACCGCAUGUCCCGCGGCCCGUGGGCCGAGGUGCAUGCCGUCAGCCUGCAGACCUACAAGCUGUGGCACCUUGACCCGGACACGGAGUACGAGAUCAGCGUGCUGCUCACGCGCCCGGGUGACGGCGGCACUGGCCGCCCCGGGCCGCCCCUCAUCAGCCGAACCAAGUGCGCAGAACCCAUGAGGGCCCCCAAAGGCCUGGCUUUCGCUGAGAUCCAGGCCCGCCAGCUGACUCUGCAGUGGGAACCUCUGGGCUACAACGUGACACGUUGCCACACGUAUGCGGUGUCCCUGUGUUAUCAUUACACGCUGGGCGGCAGCCACAACCAGACCGUCCGGGAGUGUGUGAAGAUGGAACGGGGCGUCAGCCGCUACACCAUCAAGAACCUGCUGCCCUACCGGAAUGUUCACGUGCGGCUCAUCCUCACUAACCCCGAGGGGCGCAAGGAGGGCAAGGAGGUCACUUUCCAGACAGAUGAGGACGGUAAGAGUCCAAGCCCUGGCUCCUGGCAUACUCAGUGCCUCCCAGAGGCACCCUAUUCUGCAGAGUCCCUCGUGGAAGGCUGUUCCCUGGGGUCGCUGCUGGUGGGGUGGUGUGGGGGCAGGAGGGACCACUAUGCCUACUCCUACUACCCGAAGCCGGUGAACAUGACCAAGGCCACCGCCAAUUACCGUCAGGAGAAGACCCACAUGAUGAGUGCUGUGGACCGGAGCUUCACAGACCAGAGCACCCUGCAGGAGGAUGAGCGGCUGGGCCUCUCCUUCAUGGACACCCACGGCUAUAACCCCCGAGGAGACCAGCGCAGUGCCGGGGUCACUGAGGCCAGCAGCCUGCUGGGGGGCUCACCGCGGCGUCCCUGUGGCCGGAAGGGCUCCCCAUAUCACACGGGGCAACUGCAUCCUGCGGUGCGUGUGGCCGACCUCCUGCAGCACAUCAACCAGAUGAAGACGGCCGAGGGCUAUGGCUUCAAGCAGGAGUACGAGAGCUUCUUUGAAGGCUGGGAUGCCACAAAGAAGAAAGACAAGGUCAAGGGCAGCCGGCAAGAGCCUGCGCCUGCCUAUGAUCGGCACCGAGUGAAACUGCCCCCGAUGAUGGGAGGCCCCGAUGCCGACUACAUUAAUGCCAACUACAUAGACAUUCGGAUAAACCGUGAAGUAAGUAUCUCUCUCCCCGUCUCCUCCUCCUCCUCCUGCCUUCUCACCAGCUGUACCUCAGACUCUCUCAUGGUCUCUGGCUGUCUUUCUCUCUCUGUCUCUGUCCUCCUUCCCCUCCACUCGUGCGCCCAACGCCAACUGUCCAUUUCAGGGGCCUGGCCAGGGGCCGCCCGGGGCUGCAGAUCCGACACCACCCCUCUUGUAAACAAUUCCAUCCCCUCCUCCACUGCCCUGAGAUGGGGCAUCAGGGUUGGGAUGCUUCCACAGGCCCCCUCCACUGGCCGCCACCUUCUGUCACCUUUGUGCCCCAGCUCCCCACGCCCAGUGAGUCUCACUAGCCGUACCUUCUGUGGGGCCCUGGGAGGGCUGGGAGGGGGGAAGCUGCUCUGUUGGCGCCCCAUCACUGCUGCUGGGGGGUCAGGGUCUUGA